AUGGGGCUGGUGUCGCAUUCUGGCUCUGUCGUAAUAGAGCGGCGGCUCAGUCAGAACGUGAUGAGCUACAUCCAGUGGAUCUGUGAGACAGAGGUUUGCCUUGAGAUCUACAGAGGAUUAUAUCCUAAACUCAGGUCGGCCUGUGGUAGUGGGGAUGUGUCUGUUGUGGUGCAUGACACCAGUGCAGAGCUCCAUUUGAGUUCCAGUCCAGGUGACCCGAGUGUGACCCUGUCCAGGCUGGAAGGCCCGCAGGCCACAAAGGAAGUGAAGGAGCUGCUGUUCAGGAUGGCUGACAGCCUCACUCAGCCUGACAGUGGAUCCCCCUCCGUCAGUCCAGUGAAAAAUCACCAAAGGCGGCCCACAGCUUACAGAGAUGAUAUCUUUUCUUCAGAGUUUGAACCCCAACAGCAGCAGAAUGGUGCUCCAUCAGUGACGACGAAGAAACGACUUCCAGGGGCUUCUCUCAUCAACCCAGGAACUAAAAAAAAGCGGCAAGCGACUGGCGUGGCCUUCGAUGAUGUAGAUGAAGACUGAUCCUCCAGACAACACAGUGUUCUCACAUUGUGGCUGCACAAACAAAGAUGAAUGUUCUUUUAAUCCACUAACACAACAUUAUGAAUUUGUUGCUUUUUAAAUCACAGCAUGUAUGUAUCUACUUUCAUGGCAUAUGAUAUUAAUAAAAACCGGACUAUUGAUUUUGAA